AUGGAUUUCAAUGGCCUGGCAGACCCCUAUGUGAAGAUUCACCUUCUUCCUGGAGCAUGCAAGGCAAACAAGUUGAAGACACGUACCGUACGAAACAAUCUGAACCCCACCUGGAAUGAAAGCCUGACGUACUGCGGGAUCACCCCAGAAGACAUGGCAAAGAAGAUUCUACGGAUCUCUGUGUGCGAUGAAGACAAACUAAGUCAUAACGAGUUUAUUGGAGAGACGAGAGUCCCGCUGCGCAGGCUAAAACCUGGGGAGAGGAAACACUUCAACCUCUGUCUGGAGCGUCAGAUUCCUCUGGAGCGCUGUCAGGAGUGGGAGCUGGAGGAGAGGGGGAGGAUCCUCCUGUCACUGAUGUACAGCACUGAGCGAGGCGGACUGGUGGUGGGGAUCGUACGCUGCGCUCACCUCGCCGCUAUGGAUGUCAACGGCUUCUCAGACCCCUACGUGAAAACAUACUUGAAGCCGGACGUGGAAAAGAAGUCCAAGCACAAAACUGCCGUGAAGAAGAAAACUCUGAACCCAGAAUUUAAUGAGGAAUUCUUCUAUAAAAUCGGCCUGCUGGAGCUCCAGAAGAGAAGCCUGGAAGUGACGGUGUGGGAUUAUGACUUGGGAAAAUCCAACGACUUCAUAGGGGGUGUGACCCUUGGCGUAAACUCCAAAGGGGAGUGUCUAAAGCAGUGGAUGGAGUGUCUCUCUUUCCACCAAUCAGAGGGCAGAGCACUGGCACACGCUCACCAAUGA